GAAGUUCCCCUCGACUCCCGAUCAUUUGUUAUUUGGUACGUCAUGGUAAACUUCGGAAUCUCCGAAGGUACAACAAUGAAAAUCGAUCAUUCCGAUUGGUUCUUUUCCUUCUGAUGUUGCUACGAAUAUUCUCCGAGAAAUAAACGAACGUGUAGAGCCCAGGUUGCCGACAGGUUGCCCAGACCUACAAAAGCGGAAGACAUAAGAGACUUGACAGCUGACAUAAUCUAYUUUUUUAUAAAAAGCUUUUGUACAAUGUUUUUGAAAAUCGUCAUAAUAUUUGCUUUCAUAGUGAAGAAUUUUGCAUUUGAAUUCAACGGGCCAUCUCUUCCAAACUCGAACUUUAUUCCUAUGUGGAAUGCUCCAACAGAAAGUUGCAAAGAGAAAUGGGGUGUUGACCUACAAUUGAGUAAAUAUGGCAUAGUUCACAAUGAUCAACAAAUCUUCCAUGGGGAAUUCAUAAAUAUUUKUAAUCCAACAUUUGGUUUAUGGCCCUGUUAUGAUGAUGAUGGCACUCCUUUGAAUGGGGGACUACCUCAGUUAGGCAACCUUGACAGUCAUCUGCAGAAGGUCACCAGUGAUAUUCAGAUGUUUAUACCAGAUGUUGAUUACCAAGGUUUAGCGAUAAUAGACUGGGAAAAAUGGAGGCCAAUAUUUGAUAGAAACUGGGACCAUCUAUCUCUGUACAGAAAUGAGUCAAUGAAUUUAGUACGAAAGGAGCAUCCAUCUUGGUCUAAACAACAGAUAGAAACUGAAGCCAGGAAAGAAUUUGAAACCGCAGCAAUGAAAUACAUGCAAGGUACAAUCAUGACUGCUCGUAGUGUACGCCCUAAAGCUCUCUGGGGAUACUAUGGGUUUCCUCGAUGCUACAAUACUAGACUUCCUUCAUAUGAAUGCAGUCAGAAGACAAUAGAACAGAAUGAUCAGCUGUCAUGGCUAUUCAACUCAAGCACAGUUAUUUUCCCAUCCAUUUAUUUGUCACCAAAUUUGAAAUACAACAAGACAAGCUAUGCCAAGGGUAAUAUCCUGGAAUCAUUUCGUGUGGCCAAGAUUGACAAUGAACAUCGUCUUCCUGUAUUCCCAUAUGUGAGAGUUGUCUACGCAUUAUCUGAAAUGUUUCUGAACAAGGCAGACAUGUAUGCCACUGUUACCCAAUCGGCAGAGUUGGCUUCAUCUGGGGUAGUUAUCUGGGGCUCGUCAGAGGACAAAAACAAAGACUUUUGCAUCCAACUAAGUAACUACAUUGCCGAGUUUUUUGGUCCCUUAGUGCAAACAUUGAAUGAGAUUGCCCAAGACUGUGGUAAUGAGUACUGUACUGGUUCACAUGGAAGGUGCCGGUUUAGACUAGAAGAAGUCAAUAGUUACGAAAAGAAUGUUCUGUUGGGGCUGAAAGAGAAGUGGACAUUCUUGGAGUGUAUAUGUAGAGAUGGAUGGACAGGCAAGACAUGUGAAAAAUCUACCUUCUAAAUGGUUGGUUACUGAAAGAGAGUGAAAAAUGGUAAAGGGAAGGAAGGAGGGAAGGUAAGAAAUGAAAUGGGAAAAAAGUGAAAAUGGAAAAAGGUCUGAAAGGAGAACUGGAGUGUGAAGGAAAAGAGGAGAGGGAGGAUAAAGGGAGAAAAGAUGGGAAUGAGAGGAAGAGAUGAGAGAGGAGAAGGCGAGACAUUUGAAGAGAAGAAAGUAGAGGAAUAGUACAGGAGAGAGAAAGGAGAGAGAAGGGGGAAAAUGAAUGAGAGGAAGGAAGCUAGAGUACCAUUACCAAAUAACACUAAAUUUUGUAAUUUUUAAUGUUCUAUUUAAUGUUUUCCACACGUCUUGAGUUUAUGUACAAUAUGAUAACUUGUUUUGUAUGAAUACUGUCAAUUGUAUAUUGAAACGUAUAAAAUUCGGCUUAAACAUUUGGUCCUAAAUGACGUCAAGUUUGCCAAACAAAAAAAGGACAGAAUGUGUAGUUUUUCAGAAAAAAUAAUUUGAACAAUAUCAGAGGCAUGGAUAUGAAAUACAAAAAAAUAAACUCGGAAAAUUCAAAUACAUAAAAAGGAACAACGUUUACAACGUUUUUUUAGGAUAUAUGGAUAAUGUAAACACUUGCCGUACGUAAAAUCAAUAUCUCUAUUUACAAAAACUAAAGAACUUUGAAAAACUUUCUUUGUACUUUAUAUAUAAUCUUUAACUCAAAUUACCAAUAAUAUCUAAAUGUCUUAAGAAUUUUAGAAUUUUUUUAAACCUUGAAUGUAUCUUGCAUUAUGAACAGUUAAUUCCAAAUCAAAAUCAAUGUCGUAUAUCUUUUAUGCAACUAAGCCAGUUGCACAAUAAAUUAUUAUCUUUGAAUUCCCUUUAAAU